GCAAUGAGCACCCCAUCGCCUCCUAGCUCACAACUGAGAUGUGAGCCCUCGAGCUCGCCGCAUCUAACCGAUCCAAGUUCCAUUCCAACGUGGGAUCGCCGAAGCCAACGCAUCCGCCCGUUGCCUUCGUUCCCAUAGCAUCCAGUCCAGCACGUCGCCACGCGAGCCCGUCCGCCCCCGCACAUCGAUCGCCUCGUCGUGCCCGUGCCCGUGCCCGUCCACGCUGCCUCCUGCUCCUGCGUGCGCGCCGCUCCCUCGUCAAGGCGCCAAAACCUCCGCCAGCACACACCUCCGCCGCUAGGCCACGGAGCGGCAGGGCAUGGAGGACCGCGCCACGGCCAAUGUCCGCGUGGACGGCGCGCCGGCGGAGGCGACUCUCGGGGGCGGGGAGCUGCGGUGGCGCCGCGCGGGAAGCGGCGGCGCGGCGGGGGAGCGGGCGCUGUCGCUGGAGCGCGACGUGCUCGGGGUCGAGGCGAGGGGGAAGGAGGUCGUCGUGAGGGCCUUCGUGGCGGCGGGCGCGGCCAGGGCGAGGUCGUGCGCGCCCGGCGCGGGCGCGGGAGGGAAGGGAGCCGGGAGGCGGUGCAGGCGGGACUUCGUGCUCGAGAUGGCCGACGGCGAGGGCGCCGCCGCGGCGUGGGGCGAGAGGCUGGCACGCUGCCUCGACUCGUUCGGCCGCCCCAAGAGAUUGUUCGUCUUCGUCAACCCCUUCGGCGGCAGGAAAUGCGCGAAGAAGAUCUACGACUCGGAAAUCAAGCCUCUGUUUGAAGCUGCUGGCGUGAGCAUCACCGUGCAAGAGACGGAGUGCCAGGGACAUGCCCGGGAGGUGGCGUCUUCCCUCGACCUUGGAAAGUACGACGGCAUUGUCUGCGUUAGCGGCGACGGUGUCCUCGUGGAGGUAGUAAAUGGAAUUCUUCAACGAACAGAUUGGGAGGAGGCGAUAAAGAUGCCAAUUGGGGUAGUUCCAGCAGGUACAGGAAAUGGCAUGGCCAAAUCACUUCUGCAUGCUGCCGGUGAGACGUGCUCAGUUUCAAAUGCUGUAUUGGCAAUUAUCAAAGGUUACAAGCAGUCCUUGGAUGUUUGUACUAUUUUGCAAGGGGAGAAGAAAUUUUUCAGUGUCUUGUUGAUGACUUGGGGUUUGGUGGCCGACAUAGAUAUUGAGUCUGAGAAAUACAGGUGGAUGGGAAGUGCACGCUUCGACUUCUAUGCUGUGGUUCGCAUUAUGAGCUUGCGAAAGUACUGUGGAAGUAUUCAGUUCGUACCUGCCCCAGGCUAUGAGUCAUAUGGAGAACCUGUCAAGCAAGUCGAGAAUUCCAUCCUAGAGUCUCUGGAGCAAAGUGGAAAAUCCCACCCGUCUUCUUAUCCAGGUCCAUCAGUUGAGUUUCAAGCUUCAGACUGGAGAUUUGUUGAUGGUCCAUUUGUUGCAGUCUGGAUAAACAAUGUGCCAUGGGCUGCCGAGGAUAUAAUGGCAGCUCCUGAAGCAAAGUUCUCAGAUGGCUGUAUGGAUGCAAUCAUACUCAGAGAUUGUCCAAAGGCUGAUCUUUUAGCUCUACUGAUGAAGAUGAGCGAUGGUAGCUAUGUCAAAUCACCAUAUGUUACAUAUCUCAAGGUGAGAUCAUUUAAAUUAUCUCCAGGCCAGCUUGUUGAGAACCCAAAAAGGGGUGGCAUUAUAGACGUUGACGGCGAGGUAAUUGCUAGAGGAGAAGGAACGUAUGGAAAGUGCCAUCAAGACGUGAUGGCUUAUGGCUCUCCUAUUCAGCUGACAGUGCACCAAGCAUUGGCUACCAUAUAUUGCCCUAACAAAAUUCGGUGAAAAGAUUGGCGUUGACAAAAAAAAAAUGCCUACAAAUUUGACGAGUUUUAGAAGAAAAAUGCUCAAGUAGAAGACCACAAGAAAGGGAUCUUACAUUUCUUUCCCAGUGAACUGGUGCAAGUCAAACCUAAAAAAAGUUGACUUACGCUCAGACAGCUAUGUCAUUAAUGUACGUUAGACCAAAUACCCUAAAAGGCUAAAAUGACCCUUUCUUCCCUUUUCCCUAUCUUCUAAAGUUAAUUUGUUCAUGUCAA